AUGAAUGAGUGGUUUCAAUCUGAUUGUUUUGAAACCCCUUUCUCACUCCAGAUCUCCACCCCGGCAGGGGAUGACUAUAUCGUCGACGCCAUUGCUCUGCACGACCACAUAGGAGAUGCGCUUCGCCCCGUCUUUGCCAACCCGGCCGUCAUCUAUUCCACGGGGCGGACUCCGACUCUUGCCAACCCGGCCGUCACAAAGCUAUUCCACGGGGCGGACUCCGACGUGCUCUGGCUGCAGAGGGACUUUCACAUCUACACUGUGAACCUCUUUGACACGGCACGGCUGUUCCACGGGGCCAGCUCUGAUGUGCUCUGGCUGCAAAGGGACUUUCACAUCUACACUGUCAACCUGUUCGACACAGCACGGGCCUGCUCGGUUCUCAACAAGCCGUACCGCUCCCUCGCGUUCCUCCUGGACCACUACUGCCACGUCAGCACCGACAAGCGCCUGCAGCUGGCCGACUGGCGCCGCCGCCCGCUGCCGCCCGCAAUGCUACAGUACGCCUGCACGGACUCGCACUACCUGCCGUACAUCGCCGGCCAGCUGCGGUGGGAGCUCGUACAGGCAGACACAGGGGGAGAGGGGGGUGCAGGAGUAUCUGCAAACGGGAAGGGAGAAAAAGCAGCAGGAGGAGGAGCAGCAGUGGCAGCAGCAGCAGCAGCAGGAGCAGGGGGUGGAGGCAGGAGAGGGUCUAGGGCGGGGCACAGCAGUGGAUCCAAGUAUGAAGAGGCAGUGAGGAGGUCAAACGCGCUGUGCCUGCAGCUGUAUGAGAAGCCAGGGGAGAGGAGCGCUGGCGCUGCUGGUGGUGCAGUUGGAGAGGCCGUGAGAGAGAGGAGAGAGAGGGGGGAGGUGAUUGGAGGGAGUGCUGAGGCGGCAGCAGCAGCUGCGGCAACACUUUUCCGCCAGCUGUUAGGCGUCUGUGGGUAUGUGGGAGGUGCCGCGCUUUCAGGUGGGCCUUCAGGUGAUUCUGCUGGUUCAGGUGCUGCUUCUGCGGCACCUGACGCUGCUGCCACGUCAGCGGGUCAGACGACGUCGGAUCGGUCCCAGGUGUUACGGGAAGUGAGGGCCGUGCUCGAUGCGGUAACCAGAUGGCGCGACACUGUAGCACGGGAAGAAGACGAAAGCCUGCGGUUCCUCCUUGCUGAUGUGGCAGUGGUCGCCGUGGCGCUCCUACGGCCUACCACGUGUCAAGAGCUGAUUGGGUGCGUGGGAAAGGCCAUGGCAGCCGCCGCUGCACUCACCCCGCCGUCUAUGCGAGAAGAGGCCGGCGUUCCUCGGCCUAUUCAAGGAGGGGGAAGUGGAGGGGAGGCUGGAACACUUGAGCCAACAGAAGGAGUUACCUCGUCAGCAGUAGCGGAACAACAGGCUACUCCAUCUCAGCCCGCUUCACCUUCCCCCUCGCCUCCUCUCGUCCGUCGAUCUCCCGAGCUGGUUGCGCUGAUCACCGCCACGUGUCGCGACGUGAGAGGCGGCAACGAGGGGGUGCAUGGUACAGCAGGAGCAGCAGAGCCAAACAGUACAGCAGCAGCAGUGAAUGGGGGAGCUGAAAGGGCAGUGGCAGCAGCGGCAGCAGUGAUUGGGGGGACUGAAAGGGCAGUGGCAGUAGCGGCUGCAGUGCAGGCCAGACUAGCAGAGAUCUCGUUUCUCCUCGCCCCGGUGGUCAUUCAACAGAGGGCGCCAGCAGCCAUGCAGGAGGCGUGGCUAGAAGAAGCAGUCGCUCUCACUGCUGCUGCUGCCGUCUCAGGCAACCUCUCCGCUGCUGCUGCUGCCGCUGCUUCUGCUGCUGGUGCUGGUGCUGCUGCCAGUGGUUCUUCUGCAGAGGAAGGGGAAAUCUUGCCUUCUGAUUCAUCCCACCAGCAUCCCAACCACCCUCACACCCACCACACUCACCCCCACCACCCCCACCACUACCGCCCUCACCAAAACUUUCGGCUGCCCAAGCGGUGGCAGCGGGCACGCGACCCGAACCAGGCUCGGGCAAACUUCAUAAAAAAAUUCUCCUGCCAAGGCCCAGUAUAUGAGAACUGCCGGAUCUACAGCAGGGAUGGGCGGUUGCUGUGCUUCUGUGAUAAGCGGAAGCUGGAGUGGUACGUGGGGCGGGGUUUGGCUGAGUAUGUGACUGUUGACAUGCUGCCGUCGCUGCAGGGGGCUGAGGAGACAGGCACUGCCCCGACAGCAACAGACCUUCCACCCACCCCACUCCCCCCGAACCUCGCCUCACCUCUCUCCGUCCGCUUACUCUUCCAACCCAAGGGCCGCCCAGAAGACGACGAAAACGAAUUUUACAUCCAAUCCAAGUCCAACCGCUGCGUCUCCUGUGGGGAAUCCACCCACUACCUACGCUACCGCCUCGUGCCCUCCUGCUACCGCCAUGCGUUCCCCGAGCAUCUGAAGUCGCACCGGAGCCAUGAUAUUGUGCUGCUGUGCGUUGAUUGCCAUGACGUGGCACAUCGUGCGGCAGAGAUCUUCAAGAGGGAGGUGGCGCGGAGGUUCGGGGUUCCGUUGCUGCUGUCGCCGCUGGAUCGGAGGUUCGGGGGAGGGUCGGGUGAGAGUGGGGGGGAGGAGGGGGGAGAAGGGGCGGGAGAGGGGGAAAGUGUAGUUGGGGAUGGGGCAGGGAGGGAGAAGGGAGAAGGUGGGGAGAAGGAGGGAGGUGGGGAGAUGGAGGGUGAGGGGAGUGUGAGUGGUGAGCGGAAAGGGGGAAGGGAUGCGAGAGUGGAAGCAGCGUUUCUUUUGAACGAUGCUGCCCGGUCAGCAGUGGCGGUUUUACGGCACGGGGCAUCGCUGCCCGAUAGCAGACUCUGCGAGCUGCUGCUGCCCGUGUGGAAAGUUUUGAAGCGGGCAGCGGGCAGCCCGGUAAAAAUCGAGGAGCUGGAGAUGGUGGUGCAGGCAGGGAAGGGGACCAGAGUGCGGGCAGGAAAAAGAAAAGGGCUGCCCGUUGUGGGCCAAAGGGAGGUCCUACAGAAAGCCUUAGCUAGCCUGGGUGGAGGGGGAGGGGGAGAGGGAGGAGAGAGAGAGGGGAAUGAGGUCAAGGGGGUGGAUGCUGGUGCGAGUGAGGGAGUGAGUGAGAAAGAGAGUGAGGGAGUGAGCGACCAAUCCGGCAAGACUGAAGAGGAGGUUACCCUGGGACUAGCAGCACCAGACCUCACCUCACUCAACCUCUCUGCAACCCCCACCAUCGAGCCAGUCCCUUUGCGUGGCCACUGGGAGCACGGAACCAAGGUUGUAGCGCUGCUGCUGGCGGGGGGUGGGGAGGCGGGGAUAAGGGAGUUCACGCAGCAGUGGCGCGAGGUGUUUGUAGCGGCGCUACAGCCGCGCUUCCUGCCGCCCGGGUGGGACGUGCAGCACCUGGGGCGGCGGCAGUUUGGGGAGUUUUCCGUUUAUAACCCGCAGAGAAGGAGGUAUGUGCGGGGUGAAGAAGGAGGAGGGGAGGAAGUUUGA